AUGGGUGAUGGUAUUGUAAUAUUGCAAGCAUCCCAGGGUCCCAGAAUGCACAGGUCUGCCCAGGAGACGAACAAUGAGACUAUCUCUCCCAAAGAAAACGACACAGAGUUGAUGACGCCAUCCUCCUCUGGGCAGUUCCCUGUUCUGAUCAGCGACGAGGACCGAGCGAUUUUCCAAGUGGUCAAUUUUGUGGCUCUCUGCGGUGUGAUCAGUUUGUUCGGCGUGGGGUCCAACCUGGUCAACAUUGCUGUGUUUGCCAAGCAGGGGUUCCAAGACAGCAUGAACAUUAGUCUUUUGGGUGAGGACACAGUAAUCACAGCCUUCAUCACCGCCUUCAUCACCUUCGAGAGAUGUUUGUGCGUCGUCCUGCCUCUGAAAGUUAAAAUGAUGAUCACGCCUCGCAGGACAAAGUUCAUCAUCAUCUCUAUCUUCCUCAUCAUGUUCAGCGUCUUCUGUCCUUUCUACUACGUGAACCGACUCGUGUGGGAAUUUGACUCCACCAGAAACGCUACUUUGCUCAAAAUCAUGUACACUGAGAAGAAAGAAAUCGUGGAGACCAUCACGUUUUUCAUCCACAGUGUUACUUUCUCGACAUUUUCCUUCGUCUUCGUCAUCUGCUGCACUAUUGUGCUCGUUGCCAAGCUCAACAGUAAGACAAAAUGGCGGCUCGCCACUGCUGCUAAGGGUGUUGGUUCCCAGUCGGAAGGGGUCGGGGUCAAGGAUAAAAAGGUCGUGAAAAUGGUGACCUUUAUCUCUACCAUUUUUAUCGUGUGCUUCGUACCGUCGACUCUGAUAUUUCUGUUUAUGGCUCUUGAGCCAGAGUUCAGUUUUGGAGGGGGGUAUAAGAAUAUCUAUUUCGUUGUCUGGUCUUUUUCGUUUGUCCUGGAAACUGUCAACUCGAGUGUGAACAUUUUUGUGUACUUGAACAUGAGCUCCAAGUACCGCGCUACGUUCACGAACAUGUUUCUGGGCGUCGAGAAAAAGUGA